GAGCCCCCGGGAGGGGAGGCUGCAGGCUGCUGCCGCGGUUUGCCCGGGGAGGGACCCGCGCAGCCCCCGGCACCAAGGGAGGCAGGGUCGGGGGUCCCCCGCCCCCGGGCAGCGGCCGGAACCCGCCGCUGAGCUCCAGGCGUGAAGCUCGGGAGCCCGGCGGGAGGCGGGGACCCGCUCCGGCAGCGGCGGGGGGGGGCGGCUCGGCACCCCGGCCGUGCCCCGCUUCCCCGGGAGGAGAUGUGCCCGAGCCCAUGGGCGAGGCGCCUGCUGGGUUUAGGCAUCUCGGCUCCACGGGAAGAAGAGAGACUCGUAUCUCUGCUGUGAUUAUGGCAGACACCCCAGAAGGGGUCAGUCCUCCUUGCCUAACGCUAAUUUGUGGCUGAGGCCCCCAGCCCUGCCUAGGACGCACCACACAACUCUUGGAAGAGGCAGAGGCGGGUCUCGGUGAAAAUACUGAUGGCACCCAACUGAAAAAUAUGCGUGUUGCUACUCUCCCUUGAAAAGAGGGAAAGGAGCAUCCUCUGGGCUCGGGGAGAGGCACCGCUGCUCAGCGGGGGUUUCCUCCUGCCUGCUGAGCGGCCGGGGGGGACAGGAGGCUUCUCACAGCUGCUGGGUUCUGCCCCAUGACUAACGCAAAGGACCCGAAGAGAGCUAUGGACUCCUCUCCGGUGACCUCCAGCUCUGCGACGGGCCCCGUUACCUUCUCGCAAGUUUUCGGGCAGCAGUGCCAGCUGAUGGAAGCAGCCGUGGAGUCGCUGCAUUCCUUGAACGACCAGAUCUCCCAUUUUAUCGUCAACAAGUCAAAAAUGCUGGAUGAAGAUGAAGAUGCCUUUUUGCCCAGCGAGAAGGAAUCUCUGAAAAAUGCCAUGGUGCUGAUGAGGCACCUCUUAAUGGAUGCACAGGCCAAAAUCCUCCACAUGAUGGACGACAACAAGCAGCUGGCGCUGCGCAUCGACGGGGCGCUGCAGGCGGCGGGCCAGGAGGUGACGGCGCUGCGCGCCGAGCUGGCCGCCACCGGCCGGCGCCUGGCCGAGCUGGGCAGCGACCCGGCCAUGGAGCACGGCCCCCACAGCGCGCAAGCGCUGCUGCGGGAGGAGGUGGCCCAGCUGCAGGAGGAGGUUCACCUGCUCCGGCAAAUGAAGGAAAUGCUGACAAAAGACCUGGAGGAGACGCACGGCAGCAAGUCCCCGGAGGUGCUCUCGGCCACCGAGCUGAAGGUGCAGCUGGCGCAGAAGGAGCAGGAGCUGGCGCGCGCCAAGGAGGCUCUGCAGGCCAUGAAAGCCGACCGCAAGCGCUUGAAGGUGGAGAAGACGGACCUGGUGAGCCAGAUGCAGCAGCUGUACGCCACGCUGGAGAGCCGCGAGGAGCAGCUCCGCGACUUCAUCAGGAACUACGAGCAGCACAGGAAAGAGAGCGAGGACGCGGUGAAAGCCCUGGCGAAGGAGAAGGACCUGCUGGAGCGGGAGAAGUGGGAGCUGCGGCGGCAAGCCAAGGAAGCGACGGACCACGCCAGCGCCCUCCGCUCCCAGCUCGACCUGAAAGACAACCGCAUGAAGGAGCUGGAGGCCGAGCUGGCCAUGGCCAAGCAGUCCCUCGCCACGCUGACCAAGGAUGUCCCCAAGCGCCAUUCCUUGGCCAUGCCGGGCGAGACGGUGCUGAACGGCAACCAGGAGUGGGUGAUGCAGGCCGACCUCCCGCUGACGGCCGCCAUCCGGCAGAGCCAGCAGACCCUCUACCACUCGCACCCCCAGCACUCAGCAGACCGGCAAGCGGUCAGAGUGAGUCCCUGCCAUUCCCGGCAGCCGUCCAUCAUCUCCGACGCCUCCGCGGCCGAGGGCGACCGGUCGUCCACGCCGAGCGACAUCAACUCGCCCCGGCAUCGAACGCACUCGCUCUGCAACGGGGAUAGUCCUGGCCCGGUACAGAAGAACUUGCACAACCCCAUCGUACAGUCUCUAGAGGACCUGGAGGACCAAAAACGGAAAAAGAAGAAAGAGAAGAUGGGCUUCGGCUCCAUCUCCAGGGUGUUCGCCCGGGGGAAGCAGCGCAAAUCCCUCGACCCCGGCCUCUUCGACGGUACGGCCCCCGACUACUACAUCGAGGAGGACGCGGACUGGUGACCCCCCCGUGCCGGGAGCCUCUCCCCGGCCUCGCCGUCGCCGUGUACAUACUCCCACCCCCACCCCGCCUGUGGACGUGUUACCUGUUGUCUUGGGAGCGAUGCAGCUGUGUCGUAACUUCAUUUUUUUUUUUUCCCCCCCACCUUCUUUUUGUGUUGGUUUUUUUUUUUUUUUUUUCCAUACCAGUAACUCCUUUGUUGUCGCUUCAGUUUGUCAGUUUGGGCUGGUUUGUUUUUUUUUUUAUUAUUUUUGUUGGCUGUUUUUUUUUGUUGUUGUUGUUUUAUUUCCUCCUUCUUUUUGACGAAACUUGAAACUUGAAGGACUGCUGUGUCUCUGUAAAUACCAGAAAUAUUGUGCACUUUGUGCUUGUGACGUCUCUUGUCCGAAACCCGCUGUUUUCCGGAGGCCAGCCCGCGGGAUGUCCUCGCUCGGGGACGAAGGACCUGCCCAGCUGAGGGACCUUAGAGAGAAAACACACACACACACACAUACAAGAAAAACAAAAAAUAAAUCUCAUUCGCUGUGAUGUCUUCCUGGCCGAACCCCGCGGAGGUGACACGGGCUGGUUGUAACGCCUGCCGGUCUGGAAAUAAGUGUUUUAACGUUCCUUUUUAGUUGUUUUAAUUUAUUUGCACAAACCCAGAGGAGCUAUUCUAACUAAAUUAUUGCAGAAGUUUUGGGAUUUUUAUAUUUUUCCACGUCGGUUGGGAUGGGGCAGGGAGGAGGAAGGGUGUGUUUGUACUGUACUGUCCUGGGAAGCUGCUGCUGGGGGGGUCGGGGGGGGAUGGAGCCGUGGACCCCCCCCCCACCCCGGGCUCCCUCGGCCCCGCGGCUGCAGAUGCCCCAGGAGCACUUAACGCCUUGGAAAAAAACCUAAACACAUGCCGGGAAAUCAGAGGGGGGCCGGGGGGAGCUGCUGGGAGCUUCGCCCCCCCCGUUUUUGCCCACAUUUGGGGGGCUCGCCCUUUGCUUCGAGUGAAAAUUGGGGGAUCAGGCAUGAGCUGGGAGGAGGGGAAAGGCGAUGUCCCGAGAUAUCCCUGUGUCCCGAGAUGUCGCCCGGCCAGGGCUGGCCACCCCGCUCCCUUUUGGGGUGUUACCACCGGCGGGGAGGCCGGGGAAAUCGGUACGAGUCCCCGCCGGGGAGGUUUUUCUGGCACCGGGGUGAUUUUUAAGCGCAGGCGGAGCUUGUGCUUCCAAAUCCCCUGGAAAUGCCCCAAAACCACCCCCCGGCGCGGCGGCCGCUUCCCCUCUCCACUAACACGCACCGCGCUCUGCUUAUGCCAAGAUAAGUACCUUAUGCUUUAAUGCUUACAAUAUAAUUUUAAGCUCUUAAAAAAAAAAAUGUAUUAAGGUUUAUUUAAUGAUGCUAUAAUAGUGUAUUAUUUUUCUUAAAUCUGAUACGCGCGCCCUGGUUGAAAAAAAGGGGUAUUUUGUCUUAAAUCCUGGAACUAAACCGCCGAUGCCCUCGCGCUGUGUAUUCCUGCUACUGGGAUGAUGCAGAGAGGCCGUGGGGGGGGGGCGAGCGGAGGGACCAGCCCCCCCGGGCUCUGCCGAGGGGAGGGCCUGGGGUGGCAGGGGCAGGGUUUGCCCCAUGGCAUCUUUCUCUGCAGAGAAGCAUUUUUAUACGUUCCGUUGUUUUGGGGGUUUUUUUGUUGUUGUUGUUGCGUUUUUAUAAUUUAAACUAUAAACCACCAGAACAGAUGAGCAAUCUCCUUGUUACCGAGUAGUUUCCUUUGCAUUUCAGCUUUUUUGUAAAUUAGGAAAUAAUUCUAAAAAUUACUAAGAGGAUGAUUUAUUUAAAAGAGAACUUCGAUAAAUAGCAUAUGAAUUAUGGGUAACAUUAGAUUUAACUUUUCCCCACGUGGGUGGGGGAGAAUCCUUGAAGGCAUGGAUGCAAAUAUAAAAUUAUAAAAGAUCUAAAUAAAGCUUAUUUUAAAGUA